UGCGCCGGUGCCUCGCGCCUCACGCGCCUCGGGUUUGCCGGUCUCAUGGCCGGCCUGACCCUGUUUGUGGGCCGCCUCCCGCCCUCGGCCCGCAGUGAGCAGCUGGAGGAGUUGUUCAGCCAAGUGGGGCCGGUGAAACAGUGCUUCGUGGUGACCGAGAAAGGGAGUAAGGCAUGUCGAGGCUUUGGCUAUGUCACUUUUUCUAUGCUGGAAGAUGCUCAGAGGGCGCUCAAGGAGAUUACCACCUUUGAAGGUUGCAAGAUCAACGUGACUGUUGCCAAGAAAAAACUGAGGAACAAAUCUAAGGAAAAGGGGAAAAAUGAAAAUUCAGAGUCCCCAAAGAAGGAACUGAAGCCUAAAAAAGCCAAAGUGGCAGAUAAAAAAGCCAGAGUAAUUAUUCGGAACCUGAGCUUUAAGUGUUCAGAAGAUGACUUGAAGACAAUAUUUGCUCAAUUUGGUACUGUUCUGGAAGUAAAUAUCCCUAGGAAGCCAGAUGGAAAGAUGCGUGGUUUUGCUUUUGUUCAGUUCAAAAACCUCCUAGAAGCAGGAAAAGCUCUCAAAGGCAUGAACAUGAAAGAAAUAAAAGGGCGGACAGUGGCUGUGGAUUGGGCUGUGGCAAAGGAUAAAUAUAAAGAUACACAAUCACUUUCUGCCCCAGGUGAGAAGAGCCAUGAACUUAAACAUCAGGAAUCAGUUAAAAAGAAUGGCAGGGAGGAAGAGGAUAUGGAAGAAGAGAAAGGUGAUGAUGAUGAUGAUGUUGAUGAAGAUGAGGAGGAUAAAGAAUCAAAUGUGACGAAGUCUGUGCAAAUUCGGAAGAGGGCAGUCAAGAGAGCAACCCCUGCAGAAAGCAGUGAAGAAGAUCAUUCUGAUGAGGACAGUGACCUGGAGGAAAGUGAUGGUAUUGGUGGAGAGGAACUGGCUCAGAGUGAUGCCAGCACUGAAGAGCAAGAUGAUGAAGAUGUACAAGUCACAAAGAAAAAGAAGAGGAAAUUACCCUCUGAUGUGAAUGAAGGGAAAACUGUUUUUAUCAGAAACCUGUCCUUUGACUCAGAGGAAGAAGAACUUGGGGAGCUCCUCCAGCAAUUUGGAGAUCUUAAGUAUGUCCGCAUUGUCUUGCAUCCAGACACAGAGCAUUCUAAAGGUUGUGCAUUUGCACAGUUCACGACUCAAGAAGCAGCUCAGAAAUGCCUUGCAGCUGCUUCUCCAGAGACUGAGGGUGGUGGGCUUAAACUGGAUGGCCGACAGCUCAAGGUUGACUUGGCAGUGACCCGUGAUGAAGCUGCAAAGCUUCAGACAAAGAAGGUGAAGAAGCCAACCGGAACCCGGAACCUCUAUUUGGCCCGAGAAGGCUUGAUUCGUGCUGGGACGAAGGCUGCAGAGGGUGUGAGUGCUGCUGAUAUGGCCAAAAGAGAACGGUUUGAGCUACUGAAGCAUCAAAAACUCAAGGACCAGAAUAUUUUUGUCUCUCGUACCAGACUCUGCCUGCACAAUCUCCCAAAGGCCGUGGAUGACAAACAGCUCAGAAAGCUGCUGUUGAAUGCUACUAGGGGGGAGAAGGGAGUACGCAUCAAGGAGUGUAGGGUGAUGCGAGACCUUAAAGGAGUUCAUGGGAACGUGAAAGGUCAGUCCCUGGGCUAUGCCUUUGCAGAGUUCCAGGAGCAUGAGCAUGCCCUGGGAGCCCUUCGCCACAUCAACAACAAUCCAGAAAUCUUUGGGCCUCAGAAGGUGACUCCUCUUCUGCUGAGUGUUUCCAGCAAACAAAGCUCAUCCGGAAACCAGAUGGCAGUUUCUUAUUUUAUGCAGCAAAAAAUGAGAUCCAAGCCUGCAACUGGUGAGCCCCAGAAGGAGCAACCAAAGCCUGGAAAAGACCAGCAACAGAAGGCAGCCCAAAGCCACACACAGAAACAAAGCAAGGCUCCCCCAGAGCAGAAGGGGAAAGCGGGCUCUACCUACUGGGCAGGGUUCCAGACCAAGGCUGAAGUGGAGCAGGUGGAGCUGCCUGAUGGAACGAAGAGAAGAAAGGUCCUGGUGCUGCCUUCACACCGAGGCCCCAAAAUUAGGUUACGGGACAAAGGUAAAGUGAAGUCUCUCCCUCCCCCAAAGCCAAAGUCCCAGGUAAACCAGUGGAAGCAAGAGAAACAGCAGUUAUCUUCCAAGCAGGUACCGAAGAAAAAAGCUAAGGGAAAUAAGACAGAAACCCGCUUCAACCAGCUGGUUGAACAAUAUAAGCAGAAAUUAUUGGGACCUUCUAAAGGAGCACCUCUUGCAAAGAGGAGCAAAUGGUUUGAUAGUUGAUGAUGCCAGCAGACUGGAUGAGAAGCUGGGUUGUGUAUGUUUUGGUGAAGCUCCUGGACUCCCUCCACCCCCCAUGUCUUUUACUGAGGGAAAGAAAAUCCCCAAGGACACUGCCGCUCUGUUUGGAGGCUCCCUGGGCUGUGCACAUCUGAACUUUCGUCCCUCCUCCAGUGUGUGGUUAGUACUAUAGUCACAAAGAGAAAUAUCUGAAAAACAUCAUGAUGCUUCUUGCAUAUUAUCCAGAGUAUCGUGUGAAGUUAUGUCUAUAAUUAUUACCCAUUUUUAUUCUUUGUUUCUCAGAUGGAAACAGUUGUAAAAAGUGCUGAAUUUUUAAGAUGUAUAUUUUGUUAGGCAACCUCUGUAAGUGUGGCUUUUUAAUAACAGACUAUCUCCCAUUUCUAAUAUAUGUGAAUACUUUAUUAUUUA